AUGGCCCGUCCGCCCUCCAUGUUUCACGCUUUCUUGCGACCCUCGAUCCUGCAAGUUCUUCGCGCGACGGGCUACCAUAGUACGCGCCCCGCGGUUCUCGACACAUUGACCGAUAUCGCGGCACGCUAUUUAGCACUCCUAUGCGAAAAAACGGCAAGAAAUGCCAUGAAUAACCACGGCGAUGCGGGAGACUACGAUAUUGUGGACGUCAGAAUGGCGCUGCAAGAGGCCGGAGCUCUGCUACCUGAGAGGACCGAAACAGAACAGCUCUGGAAGGGAGAAGAAGAUCUGAGAGGGGUGGAGGAGUUUAUAGAGUGGUUCUCUGGGACGCGCAUGAAGGAGAUGAUGGAGAUGGGUAGCGGAGAUACUGAAUCAGAUGCUACCGACUAUCUGGCAGCCUUGAAAAAGAAACAUAGCAAAACCGGCGACGAUGCCAAAUGGCAGGGCACAAUCUUUGGCAAAAACACAGACGGCAACGAAAUCCUCGUAGAAGGCGGUUCCAUAACCAGCAUAAGCGAAUGGAUAUCUCAGCAAGCUCCCGAUUUACCAACACCACGAGCGUCAAUAGAAAAAGACGAAGAAGGGGACGAAAAGCAGUCGCAACAAAACGGAGACGAGCCUAUGACUGUGGAAAUGAGAAGGGCUUCGAGUUCAGGUCUUAGUUCAGUUGGCGAUAGGCUGGGCGAAGACGGCAUCGAGGAUAUGGAUCUGACGUAG